CCCCCAUAGCCAUUGUUCUAUAAAAGAGUCCACACCCUUGUCUCCAUAAGACUCCCCCCACAAGAUUUUGCUUUAUUUCCCCACAAACAACACGGAAGAAAGAGAAAGAAUGGAUGAAUUUGCAUCUUUAUGGAGUUAUCAAGAGAAUAUUGAUGUACUGAAAGAAAAGCUUUUGUACACAACACUUGAAUUAGAAGCAGUAAAAGCAGAAACCAAUGAAGAAAUGAAAAGAAACACAGAAUCCAUGAAACAGUUAUUACAAAUGCUAAAGGUUGCUUGUCAAGAAAGAGAUGAAGCAAAAGAUCAACUUCAGAAGUUACUAAACAAGGCCAAGUCAUCAAAUGAUCAACAAAUGUUCAACGCGACAAACACGUCGGUUCCUAACUGUUUCGAUCAGGUUCAGCAGCCUCAUCAAGGCCCGUUAAUGAUGCCCACUAAAGCGCAUUCAAGUAUUACCGAAUCUAACAGUCUUUCCGAGGCUUAUAACCAGAGUUCACCUCCUGUUGACUCGCUGUUUGACCCCAUUUCGUCUCCUGAGUUUUCGAACAUGAACGUUGAAACGACGUUUGUUCAAAAUUACAAUCAAAACGGUGGAUAUUCGAACGGUUUGAAUACGUCAGAGAAUGUUCAGAAAGUGGACCAAGCUACCUUGGUCAUGGAGAACAUGAUUAAAGGCAAGACUUUGCCUCAAAAGGGGAGUUUCCUACAAGCAGUAGUUGACGCGGGCCCGCUUCUGCAGAACCUGCUUCUGGCGGGCCCGCUUCCCAGGUGGCGGAAUCCGCCACCACUAAAGUCAUUUCACAUCUCACCAAUGAUGGCUGUGGUUGAUCAAACAACCACAGCCCAAAAACAGGACGUCACACACACACAUCCGAAUAAGUUGUUAACGUCUCCUUUGAUGAUGGUGAAGCAACCGCAACCGUAUACGGAAAUGGCGUGUGGGAGCUCGUCUCAGAUGAUGGCUGGCGGCUGCAAUGGCGGUGGUGUUUUGAGUUUCGGUGAUGUUAGUUUUCAAGGGAGAAUGAUGGCUGCUUGCCCUGGUGGUAAUUUAGGGUCAAUUGGAAAGAGACAAAGGCUACAUUAAGAUGAUAAUUUUUUAGUUUUAAUCUUGUAAAGGAUUUUGAUACAUAACUGGUGUAUAUGGUGAAUUGGUGGGUAUCCUGUUUUUAGGAUUUUAAACUGAUUUAUAUCUAUGUUGAUUUUAUAGUUUUUAAUCAA